CCGUAGCGAACUACACAUCCCGACGAUAUUGUAAGGAGUGUCUUCUCUCUACCGCCGUCACUGAUUAUCAACAAUUGAACGGAUUCUGUCCGGAGCGCCAGCCAACAGUGGACGAUGAGGCUGAAGGAGAUUCUACGGACUGCCAACCAGGCAUGGAGUCCAGCUGCACACCAUCCAGCCUACCUGGCCUUAGGUACUUCAGCCGGGCAGCUGGACGCGUCUUUCAACACCACCGCUGCCCUGGAGAUCUUCGAGAUGGAUUUUGCCGAUCCAUCUCUGGAAAUGAAACUCAGAGGAACUCUCUCAACCUCUAGCAGGUUCCACAGUCUGAUCUGGAGUAACUUUGGCCUGGGAGCCGACGGCUCCGCGGGCAGGCUGGUGGGAGGAAGUGAGAAUGGCGCCAUCACAGUCUACAGUCCAGACGCCAUCUUGAACUCGGCAGAUGACGUCAUUGUAGGCCAGUCCAACAAACACACAGGCCCUGUCAAGGCGCUGGACUACAACCCUUUCCAGAGUAAUCUUCUUGCGUCGGGUGCAAAUGAGUCGGAAAUCUACAUCUGGGACUUGAACAGUUUCAGCAAUCCCAUGACUCCUGGAGCAAAAGCACAGCCGGCAGAGGAUGUGAGCGUGGUGGCGUGGAACAGGCAGGUGCAGCACAUCCUGGCCUCAGCCAGUGGAAGUGGCAAAGCCGUGGUGUGGGACCUGCGCAAGAACGAGCCCAUCAUCAAGAUCAGCGACCACAGCAACAGAAUGCACCUGUCCGGGAUGCUGUGGCACCCGGAGGUGGCCACCCAGUUGGUGCUGUCUUCGGAGGACGACCGGCUGCCCGUCAUCCAGAUGUGGGAUCUCCGCUUCGCCACGUCGCCACUCAAAGUCCUGGAGAACCACACCAGGGGUAUUCUGUCCAUAUCGUGGAGCCAGGCAGACCCUGAGCUGCUUCUCAGCAGUGCCAAAGACAACAGGAUCCUCUGCUGGAACCCUGCCACAGGAGAGGUGAUCUAUGAGCUGCCCACCACCAACCAGUGGUGCUUUGACGUCCAGUGGUGCCCUCGCAACCCAGCCCUGCUCUCUGCCGCAUCCUUCGACGGACACAUCUGCGUCUACUCUGUCAUGGGCGGAAACCUGGAGGCUGUACAACACAGCAGCGUCGACGGGAUCUCUGCAUCGUUUGACGCGAUGGACCCGUUUGGUACGGGCCAGGUACUGCCCCCACUGCAGAUGCCCCAGUCCCCCACGCAGCCCACCAUCAUCCCCCCGCUCAGGAAACCCCCCAAGUGGGUCAGGCGGCCCGUUGGAGCCCGCUUUGCUUUUGGGGGUAAGCUGGUGUCGUUCGAGACCCCCAAGCCCCCCCAGCAGCAGGCGGGGCCUCAGCUCACCCCCCGCCAGGUGUUUGUUAGCCAGGUAACCACGGAGACCGAGUUCCUCCAGCGCUCGCGGGAGCUCCAGGCCGCCCUGCAGUCGGGCUCCUUCGCCACCUACUGCCAGGCCAAGGUGCAGAACGCACCCUCCGACUGUGAACAGGACAUCUGGAAAUUCCUGCUGGUCAAUUUUGAAGAUGAGGCACGAGUUAAAUUCCUGAAACUGUUGGGCUUCAGCAAAGAGGAACUGGACAAAAAGAUUUCUACGUGUUUAGGGAAGAGCCUGCAGCCUAACGGUCAUGGAGUGGAUGCCAACGACCUGGCUGAGAAGAUGCAGGCCCUCUCUGCUGAGAGGUCGACAGGGUCUCCCGCGACUGGCACUCCUCCAUGCUCAGACUCCCCAGCUGACUUCUUCAGUCAGAUCCCCAAGGAAGCCCCUGUAGAGAAGCCCAACUUCCAGAUACCAGUCUCCGCAGAUACGGAUGGCCUGAUCAGCCAGGCUCUGCUGGUGGGUAACUUCGAGGGGGCCGUGGAGCUGUGCCUUAGCGACGGUCGCUAUGCGGAGGCCAUCUUGCUCUCCAUCAGCGGGGGUGAGGAGCUACUCAAGAAGACGCAGCAGAGAUACCUGGACCGACAGAAGAACUCCGUAUCCAUGCUCAUCUCGUCGGUGGUGACUCAGAACUGGCGUGACAUCGUGCAGAGCUGUGAGCUGGAGAACUGGAAAGAAGCCCUGGCAGCCCUCCUCACCUACGCUAACCCGGAGGAGUUCGCAGCACUCUGUGACACGCUGGGUGGUCGUCUGGAGGCGGGGGCCGGUGAGAAGAGCCGGCUGCAGGCCUGCCUCUGCUACAUCUGCUCCGGAAACAUCGAGAAGCUGGUGGAGUGCUGGGCCCAACAGAGGGACUCCACCUCCCCUCUCGCACUCGAGGACCUGGUGGAGAAGGUGAUGAUUCUGCGUAAGUCAAUCGAGCGCCUGCGUAACGGAGAGGUGGCCAUCCAGAGUCCAGUGCUGGCAGAGAAGCUCACGCACUACGCCGGCCUGCUAGCCUCUCAGGGGAGCCUGGCUACCGCCAUGGGCUACCUACCAGAUACCUCAGACCAGGCUAUGAUCCGGAUGCUGCGUGACAGGCUUUUCCAUGCCCAGGGCCUGGGUGCCCCGAGCCAGCCCGCCGCCCCUGCUGCUGCCGCCCCCUCCUACGCCAAGCCGACUCCAGCCCCUGCCAGACCAGGUCCUACGGCGCCGGCCCAGAUCCCCACACACAACAUGCACCAACAGCCCCAGCCGGUGCCAUUCCAGCCCUCCAUGCCCCCUCGGAUGCCCGAUCCAGGGAUGCCCCCCAUGCCCCGGCCGAUGGUCCCCCAGGCCCCCGACACCAUGGGGGCCCCACCCCCCUCCUCACACAUGGGCGGCCCCCGCAGCAUAUCCAGGCCGGGCCCUCGCCCCAUGUACCCCUCACAGGUCAACGCUGCACCAGGCUUCCCUCCAUCUCAGCCAUUCCAUCCGCAGGGUGCCGUCCCCCCUCCCUCUUCCUCUUCCAUGGGGUCUUUCAUGCCCGGCCCCCCCAUGCCCCCCUCCUCCUCCUCCUCCUCCUCCAUCACCGGCGGCGUUCCCAUGAUGCCUCCCCCCUCCUCCUCCUCCUCUGCCAAGACCAACCGCCUGGGCCCCCCUCCCCCCGCCGGCUUCAUGCCCGGCAUGGCACCCCCACCCUCCGUCUCCUCAGCUAAUGUACCCAACAUGCCCCCCAACGUCCUGCCCGGCGCACCCGUGCCCAUGUUCCCCGGGGUGCCACAUAGCCAAGGGGGCAUGGUGCCACCGCACAGCCAAGGAGGCAUGGCACCGCCCAUGAUUCCCGGGGGCUCGUACCCGCCCGUGCAGCCGGGGUCGGGGUACCCUCCGGGUGGUCCCGGGGCGCCCGCCGGCAGGUCGGUUAGCACUCCCGCAGUCGCACCCCCUCCCACUGGUUAUUUUCCGUGGCUGAGCCAGCUGAGUGAGGAAGAAGCACAAGAGGGUUGGAAUGACCCACCAGCUGUAAGAGGCGGACCCAGGAAGAAGAAGGUCCCAGACAACUACACUCCCCCGGUCCCCAUCACGGCCCCUGUAAUGGGCUACCCAGUGGAGGCCCCCCUGCCUCAGGACCACAGGCAGCAGGUGCCCCCCGGGGCCCCUCAGGAGCCCACUGUACAGCUCCUGCAGCAGCUGCCUGCCGAGCGUGUGGAGCAGAAGGAGAUCCCAGCGGAGCACAUGGUCCUGAAGAACACCUUCGACAGCCUACUGCAGAGAUGCCAACUAGCAGCCGGAGACCCUCAAACAAAGAGGAAACUUGAUGACGCAUCAAAGAGGCUCGGUUCCCUGUAUGACAAGCUGAGAGACCAGGCGCUGUCUCCCAGUAUCCUGGGCGGUCUUCAUGAGAUAAGCCGGUGCGUAGCGGGUCGAGACUACCACCACGGCCUGGAGGUGCACACUCAGAUCGUCAGCAGCAGCAACUUCAGCGAGAUCUCUGCCUUCAUGCCCAUCCUCAAAGUCGUUAUCACUAUCGCCAACAAGCUGGCCGUCUGAAACGCCAGCCCAUGCCCACCCGGCCAUCGCCAACAAAGCUGGCCGUCUGAACUGCUGCCUCUCGCGGCCCACCCCACACAAGCUGAGCUGGGAACCCCGUGCCCACACUCUACCAUACACUCCCCCUUCUGCCCCUCUGCUGAACUGCACUCAUUCACCCACGAUCAUCAUCACCCCUCGUGCCCUUCAUGUCCAUCCUCAAGGUCGUCAUGACCAUGGCCAACGCCCAGAGUGUCUGAAACGCUGCCCACCUAACGCCCUGGGCAUCUGAACUACCACCCCAUGCCGCCACCUUAUGCUCCCACGUCUUUCCCUCCGAGCUGAACAGCACCCACCCCACCCACCAUAGUCACCAGUCAUGCCCUUGCCAACCCAUCCACAAGGUCGUUGUGACAAUUGCCAGCAACCUUCCAACAGCCUUCCAACCACACUGGAGGUCUGCUGGUGGUGUUGGUGCCCUACCCAGACCUGUCCCAACCCAACCCCCUCUAUCCCCCUUCUCCUCCUCAUAGCCUACUGGAGACCUGGUGGUGGUGGUGGUGGUGGUGGUGGUGGUGACAUUGCUCCACCCAGACCUGUCCCAGCCCAAGCCCUGCACGGCCCCUCCACAUAUUCCACCGAAGACCUGCUGGUAAUGAUGGUGCAGCUGGUGGUGAUGUUGGGGGGGGCUUCUCAUAUUACCAGUGACUUCAGUGUUAAAUUUUGACCGCGAUAUCAUAUUUAUUGUCUUUGCCAUGUGUCAGAUAACAACCAACAAAACAACAAAACAACAAAAAGCAAGACUCUUAACUGUAAAAACACUGCAAGGGUUCAUUUGUGUUUUUUGUCUUUGUUCCCCCAACAUUUUUACGCUCCUUUUUUCCUUUCUUUCUUUAAUUCCAAUGCUGUAAGCUUUUGUUCUUGGACAAGAGUUGGCGAUGUUUCUGUUGCCACCAUCGUGAUGUUAGUACUUACCACCUUUUUUGUAGAGGAUUUCCCCCUCCUGAAUUGCUUUUUAAAAACGCAACCAAACUGUCUCUCAACUGGUGUGUGUGUACUGUAUGUUUGCGUGAAAGGGUGUGAGAUUGAGAUACUCCCUAAGACAUUGAUGAUUGUGCCGCCCACACCAAGGCAACCUCAGUUAAAAGCAACAAAUAUCUCCGAAGUCCUGAUCCAUAUGUAUUCAUCGUCAUUUUAAAUAUACACUUUCAUGACGUUGCAGCCAUGUUGUAGGCAUGUCACUGAGUGUAGGUGAGAAACUGCAAGUGUUUUGCUGUUCUGGAUCUAACAUGCAACAACAAUCUUUUCAUUUCCUUAAAUUUGACUAUCAGCUUACCAACAUGUGUACGUGUGAUUGCUGUGUGAUUGGCGCUUCACUGGUGCUUUGUGUUCAUGCUGUUCAGUUUGGUUUUAACCACUUCCCUGUACGACUGUGUGUCCAGAGCAGCAAAACAACUUGAUCCAUAUCUCAACACGUCUCACUUGCUACAUAAUAAAACAAGCAAGGCGGGUAUUCCAAGACCAUGGUUAACUUAAGUAACAUUGACCUACAGGAAGAGGUAAACCUGCUAAUAGAUGUCUCACAGAUGUCAUUUAGUUAAAGAAAAUGAGCUCGCCAGAUUCUUCUAUUAGAUGCUUUACCACUACCUCAAGGUUAACCUGGUUUGCUACUAAGCCAGGGUCUUGGAAUACUCCCCAGGCUUAUAACAAACAAAUAAUAAGACUGUUAAAAGCAAACAACUAUUAAUAAAACCUUAUUUGUUAAGACUCA